AUGUUUCUUCUGACACUCCCCACUGAAAUUUCUUUUCGCCCAAAUAACUCUCCUUUCAACCAUAAAUCUCACAACAAAAUUAGAACUCGCCAACGACUCGUCUUUUCUUCCAGAAAGAACAAAUGGAGGUGUUCGGCCACCGAACAGCCACAGUCACAACCACAACCACGAGCACUCCAACAAAAGCGGCAGUCGAAGAACAAGAAAAGUCAGUCCGACGCCGAGAAAGGAAUCGAUCCUGUUGGGUUCCUAACCAAGCACGACAUAACCCAUAAAGCCUUCGCUCAGUUCCUCCGCGAAAGGUAUAAAUCGUUGAAGGACCUGACAGAUGAAAUUUUCAAUCGCCACCUUAAUCUGCAGGAGAUGGCUUCUGGAUUUGAAAUUUUGGGUAUGCACCGCAAUGUGCAACAUCGGAUGGAUUACAUGGAAUGGGCUCCAGGUGCUCGCUAUUGUGCACUGGUAGGUGAUUUCAAUGGGUGGUCGCCAACAGAAAAUUGUGCAAGAGAGGGUCAUUUUGGUCAUGAUGAUUAUGGGUACUGGUUUGUCAUUCUUGAAGAUAAAUUGAGGGAGGGAGAAGAACCAGAUAGACUCUAUUUUCAACAGUACAAUUAUGUGGAUGAUUACGAUAAAGGGGACAGUGGUGUUACUAUUGAGGAGAUCUUCAAGAAAGCAAAUGAUGAGUAUUGGGAACCUGGGGAAGACCGCUAUAUAAAAUCACGUUUUGAAAUAGCUGCUAAGUUGUACGAGCAAAUAUUUGGGCCAAAUGGGCCUCAAACGGAAGAGGAAUUGGAAGACAUACCAGACGCGGAAACGAGAUACAAAGCAUGGAAAGAGCAGCAUAAGGAUGACCCGCCAAGCAACUUGCCACCUUUCGAUGUGAUUGACAAUGGAAAAAAUUAUGACAUCUUUAAUAUUGUGGUUGAUCCUGUAUGGCGAGAGAAAUUUCGUGCUAAGAAGCCACCUAUUGCAUACUGGUUGGAGACUCGCAAAGGAAGGAAAGCAUGGUUAAAAAAGUAUACACCUGGUAUUCCUCAUGGAAGCAAAUUCAGAGUGUAUUUAAACACUCCUGAUGGGCCUUUGGAGCGGGUUCCUGCCUGGGCUACUUAUGUGCUUCCAGAUGCAGAUGGAAUGCAAGCUUUUGCAGUCCAUUGGGAACCACCUCCCGAGUGUGCAUACAAAUGGAAACACAAGCAUCCAGAAGUGCCAAAGUCUUUACGUAUAUAUGAAUGUCAUGUUGGAAUUAGUGGACAGGAUCCAAAAAUUGCUUCUUUCACUGAUUUUACUAAAAAGGUCCUUCCACAUGUAAAAGAUGCUGGAUACAAUGCAAUCCAGUUGAUUGGAGUUGUUGAGCACAAAGAUUAUUUCACUGUUGGUUACAGAGUGACCAAUUUCUAUGCUGUUAGCAGCCGAUAUGGCACCCCCGAUGACUUCAAGCACUUGGUUGAUGAAGCACAUGGAUUAGGACUGCUGGUCUUCUUAGACAUUGUCCAUUCCUACGCAGCAGCAGAUGAGAUGGUUGGAUUAUCACGUUUUGAUGGAUCAAACGAUUGCUUCUUUCAUACUGGUAAACGAGGACAUCACAAAAUUUGGGGUACGAGAAUGUUCAAUUAUGGAGACCAUGAUGUGCUGCAUUUUCUGCUUUCAAAUUUGAAUUGGUGGGUGGUGGAGUAUCAUAUUGAUGGUUUCAAUUUUCAUUCUCUCUCAUCAAUGAUGUAUACACACAAUGGUUUUGCUACUUUUACUGGUGACAUGGAGGAGUAUUGUAAUCAAUAUGUUGACAAGGAUGCCUUGCUAUAUCUUAUUUUUGCAAAUGAGAUAUUACAUGCUCUUCAUCCUAAUAUAGUAACAAUUGCCGAAGAUGCAACACUUUAUCCUGGACUAUGUGAGCCAACUUCUCAAGGUGGAUUGGGAUUUGAUUAUUUCGUCAAUUUUUCUGCAUCUGAAAUGUGGUUGGAGUUCCUUGAGAAUGUUCCUGACAAUGAAUGGAGCAUGAGUAAGAUUGCAAGCACCCUAAUGGCCAGGAGGCAAAAUGCAGAUAAGAUGCUUUUGUAUGCUGAAAAUCAUAACCAGUCCAUAUCUGGAGGGAGGUCAUUUGCAGAAAUACUGUUUGGUGAAACCAGGGAACACUCAUCUAUCAUGAAGGAGUCAUUACUUAGAGGUUGUUCAUUGCAUAAAAUGAUCCGGUUGAUUACGUUUACAAUUGGUGGUUGUGCUUACCUCAACUUCAUGGGCAAUGAAUUUGGGCAUCCAAAUAGGGUAGAAUUCCCGAUGUCAAGCAACAAUUUCUCUUUUGUACAUGCUAACCGUCGCUGGGAUCUUAUGGCAAAUGGAGUGCAUAAUGGUUUGUUUUCUUUCGAUAAGGACAUGAUGUAUUUGGACAGAAAUGAAAAAGUACUUUCAAGAGGCAUUCCCAACCUUCACCAUGUCAAUGACACUAAUAUGGUGAUAUCUUACUUGAGAGGUCCCUUUCUCUUCAUAUUCAACUUUCAUCCGACAAAUUCAUAUGAAAGAUAUGGUGUAGGUGUAGAAGAAGCUGGAGAGUAUGAAGUCAUACUGAAUACAGAUGAAAAGAGGUAUGGCGGUGAAGGAUUAAUUGGGCGUGAUCAAUAUAUCCGAAGAACCAUUACUAGAAGAGUUGAUGGUCUCCGAAACUGCUUGGAAGUGCCACUGCCAAGUAGGAGUGCUCAGGUCUACAAACUAAGCCGGAUUUUGAGAGUAUGAGUUGUUGGCCUUUCUGAUUCCUCUGUAUCUUACUAUGCUUUGUGAAGACUGAUAGCCAAUGCUCGUCGGAGAAAGUGCACCUACAGAACUACCAAAAUCGAGCAUUGAAGUUAAGAGGCGUCUUCGUGGUUUGGAUCUUUCAGUCUAUUGACUUAUAGGCAUCUGUGUUGCCGUGUUGCAUACCACAAAUGGCCGUAUCUAGUUGAAACUCCGCCAUCGAUCAUCACCACCAGAUAUGCAGAGGAGAGUUUGUAUUGAAGACUGGAAAAGAACAGAGCUGACUUGCAUUACUUGGAAAGAGAUAACGUGGUUCAAUUAAUUUGAUAACCGUGGGUUUAUCAGAUUUUGAAUUCAAAUGAUAUGACAUAUUAAUAGAUAUUUGAGAGGUAGUUUCUGAUAUCUAAUUGUAGUAAUUAAAAAUUUUCUGUAUGUCUCGGUUAGAUUUUCUAAUGGAAAUUUGUGAGUGUGCCCAGUCACACUUUAGAGAGUUUAAGAGAUUAAUUGACACAAAAAAAUUCAAGAAAUUAAUUAACAUAAGAAUUAUAAUUUAGGGAUUAUUUGUGUAAUUUACUCUUUGAAUUUUGUAAAGUAUGCAACAAGUCAAUAAGAGCAUCUC